AUGGCGGGGACCGGCAAGUCUACCAUAUCGCGGACUGUGGCCCUGUCUCUGGCAAAGGAGAAACGCCUCGGCGCCAGCUUCUUCUUCAAAAGGGGUGAGGCUGAUCGGGGAAACAUGGCAAAGUUCUUCCCGACGAUUGCUGCCGACCUUGUAAGGGGCGAACCGGCCAUCGCUCGUUGCCUCAAGGGCGUCAUUGAACGUGAACCUGCAAUCUUCCGAAAAGCAAUGCGAGAGCAGUUCGAUAAGCUUUUCCUAGAACCGCUGUCAAUCACGCCAAGAAAGCAGUCCCUAGUGGUUGUUGUCGAUGCACUAGAUGAGUGCGAGCAGGAGAAUGAUGUCAAACUCAUGAUCCGUCUUUUCUCCCAAGCCAGUUCCCUCCAGUCGGUGCAGGUUAAGGUCUUUUUGACGAGCCGGCCGGAACUGCCCAUUCGUCUUGGUUUCAAGGUUGUUGAAGGCAAGUACCAGGACCUGACAAUCCAUAAUAUACCAAGUACUGUGGUGGAACAUGAUAUAUCUGUGUUUCUACAGCACGAGCUGGCAAGUAUACGAGGCGAAUUCAACACGUCCGUCCAGGAAUACCGACGACUGGCCGCCGACUGGCCCGGUCAGUCCAAUAUUCAAUCUCUUGUGCAGAUGACCAGUCCGCCUUUUAUUUUUGCCGCCACGGUAUGUCGCUUCGUCAAUGAUCGGCGAUGCGGAAAUCCCAAGGAGCAGCUGGGCGAGGUGCUCCUCUUCCGCACGAAAAGCCAGGCUUCACAAUUGGACGCAACAUACAUGCCCGUGCUCAACAAGCUGAUUGACGGGGUAAAUACGAAGCAAUGUGACCAGAUUUUCCAACAUUUUCGAGACAUUAUCGGCUCUAUCAUCAUUCUCGCCAAACCCUUGUCGACAGCCGCCCUCGGACAGAUCCUGCGUAUCCCUAUAAAUGUCUUCCAUCCGAGGUUCAGUACGCUUGUGUGUAUCGGGUCUAUCACGUCCAAGGCGCAAGCAAUCACCACAGUGACUGCGAACGAGUUUACGCCUUCCUGA